AUGACUGAGAACGAAAUUCAACGGAAGAGAGAACGAGGCUUGUGUUUCAGAUGUGAUGCUAGAUUUGUUCAAGGGCAUAGAUGUGGGAAAAAACAAUUCCAAGUGAUAUUGGUUGAUGAAGAAAUUGAGGACGAGCAAGGCGAUAAAAGAGUGGAGGAGCAGGGUGGUGUUGGGAGAGAAUUAAAAAAACUAACUAUUGAAAUUGAAGGAUCUGAAGAGGAUAAGAAAGUUUUCGAAUCAAUUGCUGCUCGAGCGGUUGAAUUGGAAAUUGAGGUUUCGAGACUCCAAAAUGACCUGAUCACCGCGAUGAGCGAAGGGGAUGAGGCGAGUGCUGAGGUGGCAGAGUUGAAGAAGAGUCUGGGAGAGAAGGUAGUGAAAUUGGAGGGACUUGAGAAAGAAAUUGAUGGGUUGAAGAGUGAGAAAGCUGAUAGUGAGAAGAAAGUGAGGGAGUUGAAAAGAAAAGUUGGGACUUUGGAAGUGAGGGAAUUGGAAGAGAAGAGUAAAAGGGUAAGAGUUAAAGAGGAAAUGAGUGAAAAAAUUGAUGACAAAGAGAGGGAAAUUAGUGGGUUUAAGAAGAAAGUUAAUGUUUUGGAGUCUGAAUUGGAUAAGUGGAAGGUUGAGAAGAAGUCAAUGGAGGGAAGUUUGAAGGAAUCCGAGAGCAAAUCCAAGGAAAUGGAGGCCAAGAUUUCUGAGUUGGAGAAAGAGGUUGAUGAAGCGAAGAUGGUGAUUAGUGGACUCAAGGAGAAGACAUUGGAUGGUUUUAAUGGGAAUGUGAGGGAUUUUAAACCCUUUAUUGAUGAUGGAUGGAAGAAGUCAAACUUGCAAUGGCUGGUUUUAAUGGGAAUGUGA